AUGAAGCGAGAAUCUUUUGAUAUUACUUACAUCAGGAAAUUUGCCCCUCGUCGCUUUGAUUGCUUUGACUUCAUCCCAUCAGUAGGUGCCUCGGGCGGAAUUCUAGUUCUUUGGAACAGCGCUAUCUUCACAGGCACCGUCCUUGAUAAACAAAGCUUUGGUAUGACAGUGAGUUUUAGUUCAGUGCAUAACAAUGAUGUUUGGAAGUUGACAACAGUUUAUGGCCCUUGUGAUGAGCCAGCCCGCACAAAUUUCAUCAACUGGUUUCGCGACCAUGACAUUGAUGACUUGGACAACUGGAUUUUCUUAGGUGACUUUAACUUCUAUAGAUCCCUAAGUAACCGCAACAAGCCUGGUGGUAACUUGUCAGACACACUUGUUUUCAACGAUGCUAUUGGACAUCUAGGUCUUGUUGAACUGCCCCUCAAGGGGCGUGCUUUCACGUGGAGCAACAUGCAGUCCAACCCACUCCUUGAGCAGCUUGAUUGGUUCUUUACCUCACCUAACUGGACACUAGAUUUUCCAAAUACAGAGGUCCUCCCAAUGGCAAAGAUAACCUCCGAUCAUAUCCCGUGCAAGAUCACAAUCAAGAUUUUCAAAGAUACCAAGGGCAAAUCUAUUCCGCUUUUGAGAACUUUUGGGUAG